AUGGAUAAUAAAAAGAGAAAACAAAGAAUUCCACUUUCCCUAAAAGAUAAAAUAGCUAUUAUUAGAAAAAAAGAAACUGGAAUUAAUAUAAGUGAUGAAAUCCUUUCAAGAGAAUAUGAUGUUGACUGUUCUACAAUUAGUAGUAUCAUUAGAAAAAAAGAAGAGCUUUUAAAAUCUUACUCUAAUGCUAAAACGAGUGAAUUGAAAAGAACUAGGAUUCAGCCAGGCCAUUUUCCAGUAUUAGAAGAUGCAUUAUAUAAAUGGUUUCAAGGAUUAUGUAGUCAAAACAUACCUGUUUCUCAAGAAUUGCUGAAACAAAAGGUUUUGUACUUUUAUAAUGAGGCAAGAAUAAAGGUGUACAAUAUCCUGAGUUUGAAGCAUCAAGAUGAUGCAAUUGAGAUUGUCGGAGAAGCUUGGGAUGCUAUAUUACCACCAAACAGAACAGUAGAAAUCACAGAUGAACCUACACCAAAUGAUGUUUUUGAAGAAUUAGUUUCUGGCCUUGGAAAAAUUAUUAUCAAUCACAUAAUGACAGCUGAAGAAUUCAUUAAUAUUGAUUCAGAUAUUAUAACAACUGAAUUGCCUACUGAUGAAAAUAUUGUUGAAGGUAUUCUCAUUUUGGAAGGUGUCUUGCAACCUGAAGAUGUUGAAAUGGAAGAGGAAGGGGAAAUGAAUGAAAAGGAAUCAGUUAUUUCUAUAGAAAGAGGAAGAAAAGCACUUGAAACUGCAAAAAGUUUCUUGGAGCAACAAGAAUUUGCUACAAAAAAAGAUGUUAAAUAUGUCAGUGAAUUAAUAAAACAUUUAAAUAGUUCUGUAGAUAAAGCAAAACGUCAAUCCUUGUUGACAGAAUUUAUUGAUAUUAAAUAUUGA